AAAUGAGACGUUUUGGGAGCUGCGGUGUGGAGCAUUAUUUGUCAAGCUCUGGGGCGUACUGGCAGCCGUCGUUUUGUUGCUGCGGAGGGAUUAUGGGAGAAAUAGUGUGGAGCUUUGUGGAGCAUUAAGGAACUGAAAUUCUCGAGCCCUGCGAAGUAUUUCCUGGGGAACACUGGCAGAGGGAUCUCAAAAAUUGUCCUCUGGUCCAACCUCCCUCUUCAAUCGAUUGUGACACUGAGGACUACACGGAGGGAGUAAUUUUCUCAGAGUCUCACUUAGGCCACUGGAAGUCCCAGGCUUCUCUUCCACAAUUCAGGGAACUGAGUUCACUCCAUGGCCUGUGGUGUCAGCCAAAGCACAAAAUCUGGGGAAGAGCUGGUAAUCCAGGUUCCCGUGGUGGAUGUGCAAAGUGACAACUUCAAGGAGAUGUGGCCAUCCCUCCUGCUGGCCAUAAAAACAGCUAGCUUCGUGGCCGUGGACACGGAACUGAGUGGCCUUGGGGACAGGAAGAGUUUGCUGAACCAGUGCAUCGAGGAACGUUACAAGGCUGUGUGUCAUGCUGCCAGGACCCGUUCUGUCCUCUCUCUGGGCAUCGCCUGCUUCAAGCAGCAACCAGCAAAGGGUGAACACUCCUACCUGGCCCAGGUAUUUAAUCUGACCCUGUUGUGCAUGGAGGAAUAUGUCAUAGAACCAAAGUCUGUGCAGUUCCUGGUACAGCAUGGCUUCAACUUCAACCGGCAGUAUGCCCAGGGCAUCCCCUACCACAAGGGCAAUGACAAGGGUGAUGAGAGCCAGAGCCAGUCAGUGAGGACACUGUUCCUGGAGCUAAUUCGGGCCCGCCGGCCCCUGGUGCUACACAAUGGCCUCAUAGAUUUGGUGUUCCUGUACCAGAACUUCUAUGCACACCUACCUGAGAGCCUGGGAACCUUCACUGCUGACCUGUGUGAGAUGUUCCCAGCUGGCAUUUAUGAUACCAAAUAUGCUGCUGAGUUUCAUGCCCGCUUUGUGGCCUCCUACCUAGAAUAUGCCUUCCGGAAAUGUGAGCGGGAAAAUGGGAAGCAGCGGGCAGCUGGCAGCCCACACCUUACCCUGGAGUUCUGCAGCUAUCCUUCCAGCAUGAGGGCCCAUAUUGACUACCGCUGCUGCACGCCCCCUGCAACUCACCGACCCCAUCCCACCAGCAUUUGUGACAACUUCUCGGCAUAUGGCUGGUGCCCCUUGGGACCACAGUGUCCUCAGUCCCAUGAUAUUGACCUCAUCAUUGACACUGAUGAAGCUGUGGUAGAGGACAAGCGGCGACGGCGACGACGUAGGGAGAAGCGCCGGAGGGCUUUGUUGAGGCUGCCUGGGGCACAGACCUCUAAGGAAGCUGAGGAUGGCCCUCCCACAAAGCAGGUGUGUGGGGAUGGCCUCAAGACUGAGGAAAUUGAGCAGGAAGUACUUGAAGAUGAGACUAGAAACCAGCCUGACUCUGAGCAAGAUCACAAAAAUGACUUAAAGAUGGGGCUGAAGGCAACAAAGCCUGAAAGAACUGACAUGGCUACCUCAGAAGUACCAAGGAGUCAAGCCAGUACUAAGCCAGUGCCUGGGUAUGGGCUGCACCGGGCUGGUUUUGAUGCCUUUAUGACAGGGUACGUGAUGGCCUUUGUGGAAAUAAGCCAAGGAUCACAGCCUUGCAGCUCUGGACCCUGGUUACCUGAUUGCCACAACAAGGUAUACCUGAGCGGCAAAGCUGUACCCCUCACGGUGGCCAAGAGCCAAUUCUCCCAUUCUUCCAAAGCUCACAGCCAGAAGAUGAAGCUGGCCUGGGGGAGCAACUGACCCAACUACUUAGCACUUGACCUAGGAACAGAAGCUCAGGGUAGAGUGGGACAGAAGGGUUUGGGUCACUCCAACAACUACAGACUUUGGAGAGGGUGGGCUUGGAGUGCCAAAAGAGAUACUGUAUUGCCCCUAGGCCUUCUCCUUUAUCCCAGAGACUGAAGUAGUAGGGUACAAGUGAUAAGGCUGACCAGCACGGGUAACACCGACUUUAUUUCUUUUUAAGUAUCUUGGGAAAGUUUUACCAAAAAAAAAAAAAAAAAA